CUAGCUUAGAGAAUAGAGAUCGCGGGUAGCCCAGCACUCCCAAGUAUAAACCUGUUUUCCAAACUCCCAGCCAGAGCUCUCUGAAGACCAUAAUCAAGGAAAACAUGAACAAAAUCUUUUCUCGCAAACUUGCAUCAAGGCUUUCGAAUUCCUAUGGGAAUUCUCACUAUUGCAGGGAUUGCGCUUCUUUUGCCACACAAGUGCGAACCGGUAACCAAAACUACUUCUAUGGCUCCUUCAUCACUCGCCCGGUUAAGGAUCACUCGCGUUCAUGGAGUUCACAUCGAAGUUUUACCGAGAAAAUUCAUGGGUUUUUCUCAGGCCCGGUGGUCGGAAAGCGAUUCAUAUUGAAUCCUUCAAACACCCUUUUCAAGGGGUCCAUUAAGAGUCUAGUAGGAAGGUCUCUCUUUAUGGGAAGCCCAUUUUCGAAACUGAAAUUUCAGUUGAAACCAGGUUUUGAUCAUCGAUGGUCAGGCAGGAGGGCAUGGUUUCAAAGGCUGACGACUAAUGAUGUAGUGUUGGGGUUGAUUAUAGCUAAUGUUGCUGUUUUCCUCCUCUGGCGGAUUGCUGAUCCUAUCUUUAUGUCAAAAAACUUUACUAUCUCUGUAGAAAAUGUUAGAAGCGGACGCAUACAUACAUUGAUUACAUCAGCCUUCAGUCACGUAGAAAUUGGCCAUAUAGUAUCCAACAUGAUUGGACUAUACUUCUUUGGGAUGAACAUCGGUCGAGUGUUUGGUCCUGAGUUUUUGUUGGGAUUGUAUCUGGCUGGAGCAAUUGGUGGGUCAGCAUUUUACUUGGCACAUCAUCUGUUUCAAGCAUCAUCCUCAGAGAGCCGGCCAUUUUGGGGCAAGGAUCCCGCACGAGCACAAGGAUUGGGUGCAAGCGGAGCUGUAAAUGCUAUCAUGCUGCUUGAUAUAUUCCUCUUCCCAAAGUCGACCCUCUAUCUCGAAUUCUUUAUACCUGUUCCUGCCAUCUUACUGGGCAUUUUUCUCAUUGGAAAAGACAUGUUGAGGAUACUAGAGAAUGACAGCCAAAUUUCAGGAUCUGCACACCUCGGGGGUGCUGCAGUUGCAGCCUUAGCCUGGGCCCGAGUUCGCCGGGGUCGUUUCUGAAUAUCAAAAGAACUUUCGUACUCGCAAUCCAGAUUUGAUGCAGCAAUGCACAUCAUCAUCUUCUUUCCCAUUUCUCUCAUUCUACACUAUCUUCUUUUUAGUGUAUAGAAGCUGAAAGAGUUUUCAGGGCUUAAUUGGUUUAAUACAUUUAUAUUUCAUUACAUAGUUUGUUCAGUAAACUUCUGAUUGUUUAUAUAUGUCACGCUGCCUACCUAAUGGCAAUCCAUUAAACUUCUGAUAGACCCUGUUUGGAAACAUUGAGAAGCUCAUUCACGACUAGAAUUAAAUUUUGGCCUGGAUAAGCCGAGGGUGGAGACC